CCAUAUAUCUCAUUCCCUUUCUCUUUCUUACUGUCAAAAUGUUCAGAUGGAGAGGAAGCCUAAGCCUCUCCCUUGUUCUUGUGCUUGGGAGCUGCUUGGUGCAGGCCAUUAAUGGACAAGAACUCACCAGAGGGAGUUUUCCCAAAGACUUCGUCUUCGGCACUGCCUCAUCAGCUUACCAGUACGAAGGAGCAGUGAAUGAAGAUGGAAGAGGGAAAGCAGUGUGGGACACUUUUGCUCAUUCGUUCGGGAAGGUGAUAGAUUUUAGCAAUGCUGAUGUGGCAGUCGACCAAUAUCACCGAUACGAUGAAGAUAUAAAACUCAUGAAAGAUAUGGGAUUGGAUGCUUAUAGGUUUUCCAUCGCUUGGCCACGCAUUUUCCCGAAUGGAACUGGUGAGGUUAAUCAAUUAGGGAUUGAUCAUUACAACAAGCUAAUUAAUGCUUUACUAGCCAAUGGUAUCGAACCAUAUGUGACGUUGUAUCAUUGGGACCUUCCUCAAGCAUUAGCAGAUAGAAAUAACGGAUGGGUUGAUCGCCAAAUUAUACAAGACUUUGCUAUAUAUGCUGAGACAUGCUUUAAGGCAUUUGGGGACCGAGUUAAGCACUGGAUUACCUUUAAUGAGCCGCACACGUUCGCGAUCCAAGGCUACGAUGUGGGACUCCAAGCCCCUGGCCGUUGCUCGAUAUUCCUUCGGCUAUUCUGUAAAGGAGGGAAUUCAGCAACCGAGCCAUAUAUUGUCGCCCACCAUACUCUUUUAUCUCAUGCCACUGUAUCUGAUAUCUACAGGAAGAAGUAUAAGGAUGCUCAGAAUGGAUCGAUUGGCAUAGCGUUUGACGUCAUGUGGUUUGAGCCUAUGUCGAAUUCAACGGAAGAUAUUGAUGCAACACAAAGAGCACAAGACUUUCAAUUUGGAUGGUUUAUGGAUCCAUUGUUCUUUGGUGACUAUCCAAGCUCAAUGAGGACAAGAGUGGGAGACAGGUUGCCAAAGUUUUCAACAGCCGAAGCUGCUCUCGUCAAGGGGUCCUUAGAUUUUGUGGGAGUAAAUCAUUACACCACAUAUUAUGCAAAACAGAACCAAACUAAUAUGAUUGGAAUCUUGUUAAAUGAUACCAUUGCAGAUUCUGGCGCCAUCACUCUCCCCUUCAAGAAUGGAAAGCCAAUUGGAGAUAGGUCGUCUUCAAUAUGGCUUUAUAUUGUACCUGAAGGGUUAAGGAGCCUGAUGAAUUACAUCAAACAGAAGUAUGGAAACCCUCUGGUUAUUAUCACAGAGAAUGGCAUGGAUGAUUCCAACAACCCAUUUACAUCAAUUGAAGAUGCUCUCAAGGACGAUAAACGAAUCAAAUACCACAACGAUUACCUUUCGAAUUUGUCUGCUUCCAUAAGGGAAGAUGGCUGUAAUGUAAAGGGAUACUUUGCCUGGUCUCUUCUUGACAAUUGGGAAUGGGCCGCAGGAUAUACUUCACGAUUUGGCUUGUACUUUGUCGACUACAGAGACAAUCUCAAGAGAUAUCCAAAGAACUCUGUGGGCUGGUUCAAGAAAUUGCUAAAAUCUUCCUGAAGAACAGGGCAACCUGAUUGACCUACUAAAGUAUUUACAAAAUGGAUAUUGCGAUGAAAGGAAUAUGCGAAGUAGAUUGUUGGUGGCACAGGCAUAAGAAUCGUUAUCUUGUUUCAUGUUAAUUCUCAUUCAAUAAAAGUGAACUUUGAUUAUCAAUUCUAUACCAGUUUUCUAUCCCAGGAA